AUGGAGUCAGGUUUCUUUCUUUUACAGAGCCUUCGAAUCGGAUACCACGAGAGGGACGUAUCGAUGCACAAAGAUUACAGGGAAGAGCUCUGGGAGGUCCUGGAAGGAAAAUUCAUGCCACCGAGACUUUUCGUCAAGGGAAGGUACAUUGGCGGAGCUGAAGAAGUUUUGGGUUUGAAUGAACAGGGGAAGUUCAGGGUGCUCUUUGAAGGGUUUCCACCAGUUGAUAGAUCAGCUGAACCUUCGUGA